AUGCUGUCUUUUUAUGAAUUGUCUACGCUAGACGGCCGUCUGCAAGCCUUUGACUUUGCAAGUCUUGAAGGGAAGGUGGUUUUGAUAGUUAACGUCGCGUCGUUAUGUGGGUUCUCUCCCCAGUAUGACGACUUGGAAAUACUAUAUCAAAAGUAUAAAAGUCGAGGAUUGGAGAUAUUGGCGUUCCCAUGUAACCAGUUUGGAGGGCAGGAACCCGAUACUUCGAAGGACCUCGAGUCCUUUAUAAGGGCCAAGUUCAAGUGUACCUUCCCCAUAAUGAAGAAGACGAUCGUCAAUGGCGAUGAUACUAAUCCCGUGUACCAAUAUUUAAAACUGAGGAAAAGUGGCUCCUUGGGCUUCAAGGGCUUACGAUGGAACUUUGAAAAGUUCUUGGUGGACCGGAAGGGGGAGGUGAGACAUCGCUUUGUCUCGGCUGUUAGUCCUCUUCAGAUAGAGUCGGUCAUUGUUUCACUUCUUAACGACGAAUGA